GACGUGACGGAACAACAUCCGCGGUUUCUGAUUGCUCAACGUCCAUAUCCUGGACUGGAAUGUUGUGAUAAUCAAACAUGAUAACGUGAACGACUGAUGUUUGGACUGUCAGGAACAGAUUUCACAUUAGUUACUGUUAUAUGAUACUUAUUGAAUCACCGAAUUAAGGUGAAGAAUGAGUCGGGUUCUGAAUGUUUUGAGGAGUUGGCUGCUCAUGGUGUCUGUGAUCGCGAUGGGAAAUACAGUACAGAGCUUCAGAGAUCACAGCUUCUUAUCGGAGAAACUCUACACGGGCACACCUGAUUACGUAAACGGACUUCAGGCGAGAACGUUUGGCAUCUGGACUCUUCUGUCCUCCAUCAUCCGCUGCGCCUGUGCAAUAGACAUUCAUAACAGAACGCUUUAUCACAUCACAUUGUGGACGUUUGUUCUGGCACUUGGUCACUUCCUGACAGAAGCGUUCAUCUAUAAAACGGCUCCUCUGACCAUUGGUGUGAUGGCGCCUCUGAUUGUAGCAAGUUUCUCUAUUGUGGGCAUGUUUAUUGGGUUCCAGUGUAUCGCUGAGACGCAGGAAGUAAGUGGAGCUCGAAAGAAGAAGAGGAACUGAGCAUCCAGAGACAUUCACUUUGGGCACUGGCAAGGGUACAUGUUAUAAUCGGGCAUAAUCAGACAGCAAAACAUGAUUCUGAUUGAUCCGUUGUUUGUUAUGAGCCUGUGCUGCCAGACAUAUGAGGCCCAAACUAAUGACCAUUUUCUACUUCAAGAUAUUUAAAAAAAAAUGAUGAAAAAUUGAAAUCUGCGUAAUAUAAGACAAAUUAUAUUUUUUAGAUGAUUAUUUAGAGUUCAUGAGUUCCCAGGUUUGCUGGACACUUGUCUGCUCCAAUUCAUAAUUUUACUCCGUUAAAUUUGUGGUUUAUUUACAUAUAUUUGUUUAAUAAAGAGAGUCAUAGAUUUUAAAUGACUCAAAUUAUAAUGCAAUAUUAUGAUGCAAUAAAUAUAACAUUAGCUAUACCAUGAAUACAGUUUCUUCAUGUCCCAGGGCUUGAUUUUUAUUAAAAAUCUUUUUUUCUGUUUGUUAUAUGAAGCUCUCAUUAAAACUGAAUUGGGAACUUUUA